UUUUAUUACUAAUUAAUCAUUGAUAUAAAUAGCGAUGGAUGGAGUUAGAUGAAGCUUGCGAUGAGAUCCAGACGAGCAGUCACCGUCCGAUCAACGAUGAGCCGGAGUCCAUGGACGGAGGAGAUGCACUCAUCGUUCCUCAAUUGGAUGGAAGACUCCUUCGUCCUUGGUAGCCUUCUCGGCCUCACCGCGCCGGAGCACGAGCGAUGCGCGUGCUCUUCUUGGCCUCGUUUCCCCGAUUUCUCCUUCUCCGAUUCCCAUACCGUUUCCCAUCAUCCAUUUCCAGUCUUGGGAAACGCGAAUCACGGCGGCGGGGGGAAUCGAGGGAGGAAACGACCGGUUUGUGAUGAUGAUGAAGCUCAGGAUCAGGUGGUUCCAGAGCUUAGAAAGAAGGGAAAUGAAGCAGAUGGAUUGGGUGGGAGAAGGAAGAGGAGAAGUUUAUGUUGAUUUAGUUUUAAGUUUUUUAACACAUAAAGAAUGAAUAUGUUAUUUUAAAGAGAGAACAAGUCCAAUUUGUUGUUAGGACUUUGCUUCUUGGGAAGAUUCUUUUUUCCUUCCUUUUUUUUUUUAUUUGUUUGUUUGUUUAGUAUUUUAAAGUGGAAGAUAUUUCUAAGCAUUGAUUGUUUGUUGUUGGAGGCAUUUAAUUGGAUGUUUUUGGA